UGGCAAGCAGACAGCUGAUCCACAGCGAAGCGGAGCACGGCAGAGAGGGGGAGGGCAUAGUUAAAAGCAUAAACCGCGAGAUAGACUUCAAGGCUGUACAGUGUAGUGUAGGUUAAGUUGUUUUAACAACGUUAACCAUGAUCGCAACUAGAUUAAACAGAAUUUCUUGAUUUAAACUAUCUAACCAUCACUAUUGUCAAAUUAUGUGAAUACAAAAGUUGUUAAUAAUGAAGUUGCAAUUGUUUUUAUUUAACUCGUUAUCUAAUAGAAUUAAACAUCAAAUUGGUCUUUGUCAAAAACAAAGAUGGUUUUCCCUAACGUUUUCAAAGUCUUAUUCAAUGGACGAGGAUGCUCUGAAAGAAUACAAAACUCCUGUAGAAAAUAUUCGCAAUUUCAGCAUAAUAGCUCAUGUAGAUCAUGGCAAAAGUACCCUUGCAGAUAGACUUUUGGAAAUGACUGGAGCAAUUAAGACAAAUUCGGGAAUGCAGGUGUUGGACAAGUUACAAGUGGAAAAAGAACGAGGAAUCACUGUGAAAGCUCAAACGUGUUCACUUAAAUAUACACUUGAAGACAAAGAAUAUCUUCUAAAUUUGAUUGAUACUCCUGGACACGUUGACUUUGCCUCUGAAGUGCAUCGAUCUCUAGCAGCAUGCCAAGGUGUCAUUCUUUUAGUUGAUGCCAAUGAUGGUGUACAAGCCCAGACAGUUGCAAAUUUUUACCUUGCAUUUGGAAAAGAUCUUACAAUAAUACCUGUCAUAAACAAAAUUGAUUUGAAGAAUGCAAAUCCCGAUAGAGUUGUCAAACAGUUGAACAAUCUUUUUGAUAUGGAAGAUGAAGAGAUCAUAAAGAUAUCUGCUAAAAAUGGUACUAAUGUUGAUGAGGUUUUAAAAGCUAUUGUCAAAAGAGUACCUCCUCCACCAGCAUUAGCAAAUAAACCAUUAAGGGCCCUUAUUUUUGACAGUUGGUAUGAUAAGUAUAAGGGUGCUAUUUCUUUAGUUUAUAUUAGAGAUGGAGUUCUAUCAGUUGGUGAUCAGAUAACAUCUUGCUACACAAAAAAAUCAUAUGAAGUUAAAUCAUUAGCCUUUCUAAGGCCAGAACUAGAAUAUCUUAAAAAAAUAUAUGCCGGACAGGUGGGGUGUGUAACAUGCAACAUGAGGACUUCUGCGGAAGCGCACAUAGGAGAUACGCUUCAUUUAAAAAGCACACCAGUAGAACCUCUUCCAGGAUUUAAAAUAGCCAAAUCAAUGGUUUAUGCUGGUGUUUAUCCCAUGGAUCAGUCACAGCAUCUUGCUCUUCAAGCUGCUAUUGAAAAAUUAGUAUUAAAUGAUAAUGCAGUUACAGUGACAAAAGAAUCUAGUCCAGCUUUAGGUCAAGGAUGGCGACUUGGCUUUCUUGGUCUUUUACACAUGGAAGUAUUCAAUCAAAGAUUGGAUCAAGAGUACGAUGCUCAAGCAGUUUUGACUGCACCAGGAGUUACUUAUAAAGCCACAAUUUUUGGCAGCAAAAAUAUUAUCAAAUACCAAGGUGAAACAGUUGUAUUUAGCAAUCCAUCUCAUUUUCCAGAUUUAACCAUUGUCAAAGAACUAUAUGAACCUAUAGUUUUAGGAACAAUUAUCACACCAGACAACUAUUUCGGACCAGUAAUGUCUUUAAUCAUGGAACGCCGGGGAUUAGAAAAGUCAACAAAAAAUAUAGAUAAUGACAGAGUCAUGAUACAAUUUAGCGUGCCAUUAAACGAAAUCAUUGUUGAUUUUCACGAUGAAUUGAAAUCACUCACUUCUGGGUAUGCAAGUUUUGAUUAUGAAGACUCUGGAUAUGAAUUAUCCAACAUAGUCAAAAUGGACAUCAAAUUAAACGGGCAUCAAGUCGAAGAAUUAAGUACAAUAGUUCACUGCUCUAAAGCUUCCCAGAAAGCAAAGCAGAUGUGCGUUAAAUUAUUAGAUAUAAUUCCUCGCCAACAGUUUCUUAUUGCGAUUCAAGCAUGUGUGGGGUCCAAGGUUCUAGCGAGAGAAAAUUUAAAACCCUACCGAAAAGACGUCACAGCGAAAUUGUAUGGUGGAGACAUUACGAGGAAACAAAAAUUGUUGGCCAAACAAAAAGAAGGUAAGAAAAGAAUGAGAAUGAUCGGAAACAUCGCUCUUCCGCGUGAAACCUUUAUCGACGUACUAAAAAGGUGAAUUGUACAUUAAAUGUAAAUAAUAAAACGAGAUAAAUUUUGAUUUUUCAAAACUAAA